AAGGGGUGGCGCUAAUUUGCGGACGUGGCGCCGGCGCCGCUCCGCUGCCUCGGCCGGGGCCUGGCCUGUCAGCGCGGAAAUAAGGCGAAGCGGCUCCUCGGAGGCGGCCAUUGCCAAGAGCGGGUCGGGAGGGACAGGUGCCGCCUCCAGUGUGAGGGGCGGCGAGAAGUCUGUCACCGUCGAGCCGGCGGCUGAGGCGGGAGGCUGGCAUGCCUCUUUCGCGGGCUGCCUCCCUCCACAAAGAGGAGCCCCUUCCUGAGGGAAGCAGACUCCUUUUGACAGAAUGACAGCAAAAAAACAGAAUUUCAGUUUCCAGCUCCCUGCUGUAGUGCAGCCCACAGUGGAUAAUCAUUUGUAUACAUUUGGGAAUGGUAUCAGUUCUGACAGUGAUGUGCUGGAAGAUGAAACGGAGCUGUAUGAAUUGCGACCCAGGGGAAGGGAGAAAGUCCGAAGAAGUACAUCAAGAGAAAGGAUUGAUGAUAUCGUAUUUAUAACCAAGGAUAUAAAGGAAGGAGACACACUAAAUGCAAUAGCUCUUCAGUAUUGUUGUUCAGUAGCAGAUAUCAAAAGGGUGAACAAUCUUAUUACAGAUCAGGACUUCUUUGCACUGCGAACUAUUAAAAUUCCAGUGAAGAAGUUCAGUGUAUUGACUGAGACACACAGCUUUCCAAAAAGCAGGCAAGCUUCAAGAUCUGCCUCUACUUUGUACUCUACAGAAACCCCAGAUGCAUCACAAGCUUCUGAGCCAUUCUCCACAGAGACUGUUGGUAACUUUCUGAAAGAAGUAGACCGUGAUAUAGAACAAAUAGUGAAGUGUAAUGCUACAAAGAGAGAGAAUCUUAAUGAAGUUGUUUCUGCCUUAUCAACCCAACAGUUAAACUUUGAACCGGACGGUAAAUCCAUAAAGCGGAAAGAUCCUCAUUAUGGAGCAGACUGGGGAAUAAGAUGGUCAACAGCAGUAGUGAUAAUGGUAGUGGUGGUAAUAAUAACUCCUGUUUUUUAUCUUUUAUACUAUGAAGUUUUAGCUAAAGUGGAUGUCAGCCACCAUUCUACAGCAGAAUAUACUUCAGUUACAGCACCAUCUCAGCCCAAACCACUAGAAAAUGGAAUAAAUCACCCUAUUUCAUGAUAACUCAAAUUUCUGCUUUACAUGCUAAAGUCUUUGGCAAUCAUUCAAUGUGUUCUGCAAAGAAAAAAGAACAACGGGUCCUGUGUGGAGUUGGAAAGUAGCUAUCUUUGUGGUGGCAUUUAAUAAAAACUCUUGCAGAGGGUAUGGAAGACAUCACCUUUCAAUGGAAAAGUUGUUGCCAAGUUCAGUGUGAGAUUGUUGAUUGAAUACCAAUUGUCUGGAUCUGCCAAAAUAUGUGGAUCUAAGCUGGCAAACUUCCACUAAGUGAAAGUACCUUCAUUGCAGCCAGCAAACAAUGAAAUGGUUUUCUUUAGUCUGGAAGGAAGCUAGCUUCCUGUAUUAUAAAAGAUAAACCAUUCUCUUAUAGCAUGGAAUAUAAUACAAAUCAUGAAGGUAGGGGUUAAAAACAGUUUAGCUUAUCAGAUAUGCAGAAUAAGUACAAUGCUCUGUUGUUGAUCUAACAUACACUACAUGGACUAUGAUAUUUACAGUACCUUUUCGUGAGAAAAGACCAAUGAGCCAUGAGACUAAACUGCAGUUGGCAUGCAAACAUCUGUAACAGUGUACUGAUACUGUUACUACUUUUAAUAACAGUUUUGGGAGGGCAAAAGCUGUUGAGCAAGGAAGGGUAUUCUUAAACCAUUGCCUACUUGUAAUCUUUCUGCUCCCAAGCGACCCCCCUAAGUGCUGUUACUAUUGAAGAGUUCCAAAGGUGCAAAUGUAUAUGUAAUUUGGUGCAUUCUCCCCUACCCUUUAAAUGGAAAGGCGUUGGAGUCCCAGUGGACACUUUUUGCAGGGAACAGUUACCUGGUGUGAAAAGAGGUUUUAAGCCUUGCACCAGCUCUGGGACUGCUAGGGAUGCUCUCUUUCCCCCUCACCUGCAAGGUGGCUCCAGGACUUUGACUAUAUGUGAUGUUUGCAUAUAUGACUAACCCUUGGAAGUGAACCCCUGUGUAAAAUGAGGGAUUACUCAUACAAACAUGUGACUCACAUGUCUAAACUGAUUUUUAUUGCAGUAAACAGGGCUGUAUCCAGUGUUAAUAAUACUCCAAGUAAACCAUUUGAAAUUGAUGGAAAUUGCAUUACAUUAAUUAAGGUGGACCUGCCCUGAGUAGAACGUCAUUGAAUAAAACCGUUACUUAAUGCACUUGACUACAUAGAGUCAGCUAACGGCCCCCUAAAUUGUUUUCCUCUAGCAAAAAGGAAAUAUUUAUGUUCUUAUGCAGAAGCAUACUUAACCAUGAAACCAUGAUGCCUUCUCAUGUCAUAUUAACCUGCAAAGUUGGAGUUUUGCUAAUAAUAAUACUAAAAGGCAGAGAAGCAAGCUAACACAAGUUGUUGAGAAAAAUAGAAGCCAGGUUUUUUCUUAAGGAGUUCUUGGUUAUUUUGAAGAAAUAUAUUCUAGUAUUCUAUUUUAAAAGUUCCACAGAGAACUCAUGCAGUAGGAAAAAUGGCCAAGUAUUUAAAAAAACUGCUAGCUGGGACUACAGUAAUUGAAAAUUAGUGAAACACACAUUCCCAUAAUCCUAAUUUAAUAUGCCCCUUAUUUAUACAUGUUUCCCUCUUUUUUUAAAAACAGUAAGAAGUAUGCUGCCAGCCUGUGCAAUACAUAAGCUUGCUUCCGCAUAUUUUUAGAUGUGUCUUCUAGAACAGGAUUUUGGCUGCAAUCUGAAGCUUCCCACAUUUUCCUGGCAGGAAGCACCACAGAAUUCAUUAGGACUUACUUCUGAGUAGACAUGGUUCAGAUUGUCAUGUAUUUACAUGACAUGUAAUGCUAAAGUGUACAUCAUGUAUAUGGGGUAGAACUUCGUAGUCUCAGUCUCCAACUCCAGCCCGAACAGAAGGCCAGUCCACUUGUGCAUGGACAUAUGCAGCAGGAAUUCCAACAGGCAGGGCCAAUAUCUAAAGAAAGUAUUGGUCCUGACUGUUGGUAUUCCUGCUGCAUAUAUCCAUGCACGAGUGGACUGGCCUGUUCAGGCUAGAAUACAAGUUUGGCACUUAAACUGUCAUAAUAGAAUGCCGACACAGACAUCUUCACAUCUAGUCACUAUAACUAACGGCUCACUCUUAAAUUCUCAGAAGCAAGUUACUGCUUUAUAUAUACUUGCUAGAGAACUUGAUAAUGAGCUGAUUAUGAUUCAGGCAGUAUCUAAAUCUCAGCAAGUUUUUUGUGUAUGAGAAAGCUUUUUGGACUUGAUGUUAAGGAGGGCUGGGCAAUAUCUGGUUUUCAACAUUACAAUAUAUCACCAGCUAAACUGCAAUAUAACAAUAUAUCACAGUGUCUGAAAAAAGGAUGGAGCUGUGCAGAGGUAUUGGCUGGCUUCAUGGUUUUUCCCACGUUAUUAUUGCAUAGCACACACAUAUACAUCAUGAUUCAAAAUAUAUUGCCAGGUCAAAAACUAUGAAACAGAUAUCAUGAUAUGGACUUCCAGCUGGUUUUGGAUGAUAUAUCAAUAUAUCGCCCAGCCCUAAUGUUAACUAUUCAUUCCUUCAGAUUUUCUAGGGUGUAUCCAUAUAUUAGGACAGACCAUAAGAAAACUAUUUGGAGUUAAUUAUGUUGGCUUCGUGUAUAAUUGCUUUCAUAGAAUUAAGUUUUAGUGCUGUGCCCUUGGCUUUUCUGGAUGGCCACUCUAAGUUAUAACCUUUGGAACAGUGUUUCUGUGUGUUCUGGAAACUGGUAGUGAACAGUGUCCUCUUAACAUUACCCAUGGUCCUAUAUAUAAAGAUCCUUCUGAAAAAAUACCUGUCUUGAGUUUAGCUGCAGGGAAAUGUUUGUUGCAUCAAGUGAGUUUGUGUGCUUUUUGAUGUUGGACAAGGAAAAUUUUAUGUUGGCUGCAGGGAAAUUAAGAGCCAAAUCUGUGGUUGAACUCUGAAUGUCUUUUUUUUUCUUUGUUAUGGUUUAUAGCCGAACAAGUAAAGGUGUUGCUUGACAAUAUAUAGUUGUAGUAAAAUAUUCACAUGUGUGAAAUGAUGGCAGCAGAAAUCUUUAUUAUAUAGACUCUUUAUUUUUCAAUAAAAGCCACAGAAGCAAGCUAUUUACAACUUAUUUUUAAAGUUUGGUUGUAAUGUGGUAAAUAGCCCUUAUUUUUAAAACUGUGCUAUGGAGUUCCAAAAACAGAGUAUGUUAUUUGUAGGGAAGAUACAAGGUUUAAAAUUUGAACAAAAUCUCUGAGCCAUAGGCACGUUCAUCAGUUGCAGGAAAAACAUCACUGGCCCAGCUCACAUGCCAUGCUAAAACAUUCUCUUAGUGUUAUGCUCAAGUGGGGAUCAUAGUUUGUUUCACACCAAACAAACCACAAUUGGUAAGCCAAGAACAAAUUGUAGUUUGUCUGAAGUGAAACCAACCACCAUCUUUGCUUUGGAUGUAAGGCCAAGGAUCAGAGUUUUUGUUUUUUGGAGCAGCCAAGAUUGGUGUGUUCACAGUCAACCAUUAAUUGUGGAUUAUGAUGAUGUGUGAAUGAUUCCAAAGUCCUAUGGGAUUCUAAAUGCUUAAAAAAUUAUUAUAGCGGAAGCUUUUGUGGACCACACAGUUAAUGUUAUCAGAUUCAUGAAGCAUUAUUCUGAAUUACUAGUAUUCAUCCCUGGAUGUGGUUGUUCUGUUUUAUUGUGACUCGCUUAUGGAACAACACCAAUGCAGUUGCUUUCUGCAUAUGUUACUCCAUUUUUUCUUUUAAUGAAUUUAUAAGAACAGGGGUGCUUAGCCAUCUGGUUUUGUGUUUUAAAGCUCCCUUACCAUCCUUAAUCAUGCGUGAAAAUAUCUGAGAUGUACUUUAUGAAAUUCCUCAGUUCCCCAUGGGAAAGCUGUGAAUUUCAUUGUCUUUAAAAGAAAUGGAGAAAAAAGUAUCACUAUCACAAUGCAGCCCAGCACUGUAUAUUACCCCUUGGAUGUGUGGCUGGGUUUGGACUGCUUUGAUGUAGUGUUGGGAGUAGCAUCUCUUGAGCUUAUCAUCCUCCUGGAUUAGAAUGGGGAAACAAUGGAAUGUGCUUUCAAUAGGGUAUUUAUUAGAAUAGGGUCAUCCCCAUUCAUAUUCUGCUGCAAGUAGUCACACAAAUACGAUUUUUUCCUAUAUGACUAUGGCUGGAUCACAGUUGAUGUGGGCAGCAAAAAGAGACAAGAGCAGUAUAGCAGGAUCCAUACAACUGGAUAGACUGCUUCACCUAGCGAAGAACUAUAUCUUAGGUGACCUAGGCGACUGUUAUACUAUACAGGCCUUUAAAAAAAGACACUCUAAGCCACUAGCUCAACUUUUUCUGACCCAGGAUCCACCUUUAACCCAAGCAUAAAUUUAGGGGCUAAUAAAAAACCAUAUAUUUGUAUGGUGGUGGUAGUGGUACUCUUGCAACCCAUCUUAGAUCAGGCUGUAACCUAUAGCGGUUCCUGACGCACCCACUGAAGAUCAGUGCUCUAAGCAAUCAGUUUCGCAUGUGAAUUCUAUUGAAAUGACCUGAGGGAAUGGAAAACUGCAGGAAAAGAAAGUUGCAGAUGUGCCACUUCUGAAAUUUUUUUGGGGGUGGGGUAAAGUGGAAUACCAAACACAGCCAAGUGUAGAAGAGUUCUAAACAUAAAAGGGGAAUUUAUAGACCUAACUAGAUAGAUUUAUUAAAAUUCUCUGUCACUUUUUAGAUAAAACUUGCAAGGCAGCAUGCAGUAAAAUUUCUAAACGACCUACACUUGAACUGUCUACACAUCACAAAGACUGGUUGGUGUACCACAGCUAAAUCAUUUUUGUGGUGAUAAUUUGAACUGAGGCAUCUGAAAAAUUAUUGUCAAAUAGUGAAAAUAAUAAUCAGCAUAGUAUUAUGUACCAAAAAUACUACCUUGGACUUUGCUAUAGCUCAAGGAUCUGUGCCUUAUUUCUGCAAUUUAACUAUGCUAAACCUGUUUCUUUUGUGAAAAAGUGAAUAGUGCAGUCAUGAAAUCGAAGGUCUGUUGAAAUAUCACAAUGAGGACCUGCUUGUUUUAUUAAAGACACUGAUUUAUUUUCUGUGUAUGGGACUUGCAGUAGCUUUAAGGAAAAAAGUAUGUUAAAGCACUUCAUAUGUGCUGUUGGUGUAUGUAUUUCUCUUUUCAAAAACAAUGUGGCAGAAAUGAGUACUUUGUAAUCGUGUGUGGUGAAUCUAUGGUUUGGCAAGGAUAGAAAAAGAUAAUCUAAUGUUCCAGAAAAUGGAUUAUUGGAUUAUUAUUAUUAUUAUUUUGCUGUGCAUUCUAGUGGUUCCUAUUGACAAAUCUAGCUCAAUACUAAAGUUGUCCAAGCCUCCUUUAUUUCAGGUGGAACUUCUGCCUACAUACUUAGGGUUACAGUAGUAAAUUUUAAGAAUUCUACAAAAAAAAGAGAAAAAUAUUUAGAAUAUGGUCACCAGAUUUCUAAAUACAAUCCAUGGUUGAACAGGGAAAUUGGCUCUUAAUCUGUGUAUUGUACUAUGAAACCACGUGAAAUGUUUUUACCCCUGGAUUGGUUAUUCAAAGGAACACUGCCACAAAUGUUCUUUACAUAAUUAAGCCGUUUAUAAAAGUUUUGGAAUUUAUAAGAUGGCAAGAAUAUAUUUUCUUUUUGAAUUCUUAAUUCCAGAAAAAUAAAAAUAAAGAAAUAUAUUUUUAA